AUGAUGAUGGCGACGAAGCUUCAGAAAUGGCGGAAUCUGUCAGGUCGUCUAGAUCUGAUUUCUCGGAUCGACGCUAAAUCGACGAGACGGUUCGUUCACGAAGGUCCAGACACAAUGGAGGAGCUAUUCGAUAGACAUCUGGCGAAGAAAGAGAAACCACGAGUCGUCGUCGACGACGACGAGGCCGAGUUUCUCAACAGGCGCCGUCUGACGAGCACGCGCAGGGAGGCGCUGAGUCUGUACAGAGACAUAUUCCGAGCGACUCGGUUCUUCAUGUGGACCGAUUCAGGAGGACUCCUUUGGAGAGACGUGCUUAGAGAGAACGCUAGGAAAGAGUUCGAGGCUGCUCGAUUCGAGACGGAUCCGGAGGUUAUCACUCGGCUGCUCAUCGGUGGAAGCGACGCCGUUUCUUCUGCUUUGGAUAAGCUCGCGGAGAAGCAAAAGGAUAUGAUCGAGAAAAAUCGUCGAAGCGAUCAUUAG